AUGACUGUGAGUGACUCCGGAGGCUGCGUCAACAAGGCCUUUGAUGCUGUAGACGAUGGCUUCCACACCAUCGACCUGCGGACCAGGAGGGAGGACGGGUCACAGGCGGACCGAGCUGAUCGUGAGUCUCGUUGCGGCUGGGGCGCGCUACGGCCAGCGUGGCUGCAACGUUUUAGAACUGCUAAAUGGGCCUUGUUCUGGCUGUGCUGGGCAGGAGCUAUACAGGGUAUGGUGGUGAAUGGGUUCGUGAAUGUGGUGAUCACCACCAUUGAGAAGAGGUUCGGCCUCCGCUCCAUGCAGACGGGAGUCAUUGCUGGAGGGUAUGACAUGGCAUCGUUUCUCUGCCUGGCCCCGGUAACAUAUCUGGGCGGAAGGAGCGGCGCUUCCAAGCCUCGCUGGCUGGGCUGGGGCGCGCUGUUGAUGGGCGCUGGCUCGCUGCUGUUCGCGAUGCCGCACUUCCUCGUGCCGCAGUACAAAGUUGCCGGCGAAGAGGAAGACGAUCUCUGCAGAGUCAAUAGGACACUUUCGAGCGCCCCUUGUUCUGUCUCUGGCGAGGGUUCAUGGGCUGUAGCUGUAUUCGUGGCAGCCCAGCUACUCCACGGAGCAGGAGCCACGCCGCUCUUCACGCUAGGAGUCACAUACAUAGACGAGAAUGUCUCUAAGAAGAUGUCCUCCGUUUAUUUGGGUGUGUAUUACACUAUGGCCGUGGUGGGUCCGGCGCUAGGCUACGUCGUGGGAGGACAAAUGUUACAAUUAUACACAGACUUUUUGACUGUGGAUUCUGAAACACUGGGUAUAACUCCCGUGAGCUCAGUAUGGAUAGGUGCGUGGUGGGUGGGAUUCAUCCUAUCGGCCGUACUCUGCGUGGUGGUCGCGGUACCACUCCUCGCCUUCCCAUAUGAAUUGCCGGGUGCGGAUGAAAUAAAGGCGUCGAAAGUGUCUGAAGCUCACGAGAACGCGACCAAGUCCGCAGCGUUCACAGCUCUUCGUGAGCUGCCGUAUGCUGCCGCGGAGUUGUUCAAGAACCCGACCUUCAUGUUCCUGAACCUGGCCGGUGCCAGCGAGGGUAUGCUCAUCUCUGGCUUCGCGGCCUUCCUGCCCAAACUCAUUGAGAACCAGUUCGGUGUGAGCGCGUCCCAGGCCGCUCUAUUACUAGUUGACGAUCAAGGUUACACUCACACAUGCAUAGCGCGUGUACACGUCGCUGCGAAGCGGCGGACGCGCUCUUUCGUUGGCCACGGCACCAGCGUCGUCGAAAACAUUUUGGGGAGCGGUCGCGCGGCCGGAAUUAUAAAAAUUGGCUCCAGCAAAACGCCUUAUUAUACUCCUACUUUUUUAAACUGGUUAUACCAGAAACAGCUAUACCAGAAACAGCUUAUACCAGAAACAGCUUUUGCUCCUUCAGUUUUAACGGAAGCUCCAGCACCUGAUGACCACCAAGAGAACGUCCCAGCUCUCGAUUAUCCUCGAGCACAAACUCCAGAAUGCGGAAAUACAACACCUACUUUUUUAUCAGAAGCCUCAACACCUGAUCUUGACCAAGAAAAUGUACCACCUAUUGAUAGUCAACAACGGAAGACUCCAGAAUCUAGUGAUAGAUCACCAUCAAUUUUGACACAGAUACCAAUAUCUGAUGUUCUGCGAGGAAAUAUUUCACCUGUUGAUUGUCUUCGAUCAACGACUUCAGAACAAGCUUAUCAAUCACCAGCUAUAGCAUCAACUUCAACAGGGCAAAUCUCAAGAGUGCCAACCAUGAAACGCAGCUAUUAUCGUACAAUUUAUGGUACAAGCUCGAGUUCAGACGCAUCUGAUGAUUUGCCUCUGAAUCAGAUAAAAAGAUAUGAAUUUUAUGAUCUCCUGCCUACGCCUGCUAAAGAUCAAACAAAAACACCGACUCUCAGGCAAAAAGCCAUUAAUUAUAGAGGCACUUCCGUCACAAAAGAUCUGUUUGAUAAAUAUAAUGAAGAGAAAAAAAAUCGUAAGAAAGCUAAAACAGUAUCGGCAAAAAAGUCUACCACCAUCAAAGGUACUUCACAAAAGCAAGUGAGCUGGUACUGUCAUGCCUGCGAAGAAGACAGAAUGGAUGAUGCAAUGAGACAAUGCUCGCACUGCUUCAAGUGGUAUCAUGAACAGUGUGUCGGUGUGAUCACGGUCCCGGCGGGCGGCGGCGGCACGUUUCUUGGCGGCUGGCUGGUGAAGCGCUGGCGCCUGUCGUGUGCGGGCAUCAUCAAGCUGUGUGUGGGCUCCACGCUGUUAGCCGCUCUGUUCUGCUUCUCGUUCGUGCUGAGCUGUGACGACUCACCCUUCACGGGCGUCACCGUGCCUUACGACAGCCCCGCGCUGCCCGGCGGUGACGGUCUGUUGGCCGAGUGUAACGCGGCGUGCGGCUGCUCGCGGCUGGCGGGCGUGUGCGGCGCGGACGGGCGGGCCUACGGGUCCCCGUGCCACGCGGCCUGCUCCGCCGCGCGCCGCCUCGGGCCCGUCACCCUCUACACGGGCUGCGCCUGUAUACACCCCGCAAACACCCUCCCACUGUACUACGAUGAGGAGAGCAACUCGUCGUCCCCGUACGAGGCCAUCAACACCCCGUGCGUGUCCGAGUGUCCGUACCUGUGGCUGUUCGUGUUCCUGUCGUUCUGCGUCAUGUUGUUCACGUUCGUGGCCACCAUGCCGGCGCUGUCCGCCACGCUCAGGUGCGUCAGAGAGGAGCAGCGCUCGUUCGCGCUGGGCGUCCAGUGGAUCCUGGUCCGGCUGCUGGGCACCAUCCCCGCGCCGCUGCUGUUCGGCUUCCUCAUCGACCUGGCCUGCCGCCUGUGGUCCGCGGGCGCCUGCCGACUCUACAACAACCUGUACAUGAGCAGGUACAUGUUGGCCUUAGCGCUAGUAGGCAAGCUGUGCUCGCUGCUGUUCUUCUUCUUCGCGUGGUGGUUCUACAGACCGCCCGGGAACAAGAACAAUAACGCGGUGUCCCCGGCCGCGGAGCUGGUGCUGCACGACAAGAGCAACGGAACACUCAGCACCAUUGCCAACGGAACAAUGGACACGAACAACGGGUACUGCAACGCGGCUCUGGAGUGUAGCGACCAUAUAUGA